AGUACCGACGGAUCGUGGGUAUACCUGGCUGAUAUCUCUUGAGAGUUCUUGGUGUUGCGGUUAUUGUUCCUAGGCGUUGCUUGCUUAUUGGUUGAACAGGGUCACAGCAGCAUUGCUAUUGUGGGCUUGUGGACCGUAGGACGCGAGACGUCACACGGAGCUCGAGGUCGGUAUAUAUUGACUAACGUUGCUAUCGUCGAGAAAGACACUCAUCUUCAAUAUCGUAUACCCACUACAUUCUACAAAACGCUAAUAACGCAUACAUAUCUCUUUAUCCCUCAGCACCUAAACACAACCACUCUCGACAACCGCCAUCCGACUAACUCAACAUGCGCUUCACCAUCCUCAUCACAUCGUUCAUCGUAGGCUUCGCCACCGCACUGCCGGACCCAACGCCUCAAGGGUAUACUGGACCUUGCUCUAAAGACAACUGCGGCGUCAACGGACGACAAUGUCGAAGUCUCUGUGUCCCAUGGCCGUCCACAGAACCAGCGUUGAGGAAGGGCUGCACCUGCAGCACCGGCUGAACGACAUAUCUAAAUUUUGUGGCAGGCAGUCUUGAGAGAUUUGUUGGGGUGCAUCGGCGCUCAUACGGGAGUUAGAAGGAUAGAGUAAUGGACAUCAUGAUAUUCGGACAUUGGGAAAGACCACACGUGCAUCAUACCUCUUAUUCCUCAUACGCGCUCCCGCUGUCACCACCAA